CACUGCAUUCUGGGAUUACUGUCCCAGUUUAUCGAAACGAAGCUACCUAACUUGUCUUAAAAACAUCAGCUAUAUUUUCUUAUAUUUAAAUAGCUAGCUUCCGCUUUAUAUUACACAGUAUUUAAAACAUCAAUACGUCAGAAUACCAUAAGGAUUUUGGUUGAAGUUGACUGGGUGAGAUUUAGCAAGGAAAGCACAUGGCAGAAAGACCAGAGGACCUCAAUCUUCCCAACGCUGUCAUCACGCGCAUUAUUAAAGAGGCGUUGCCAGAAGGAGUGAAUGUCUCCAAAGAGGCAAGGAGGGCCAUCUCACAAGCUGCCAGCGUGUUCGUCCUGUAUGCCACGUCAUGUGCGAAUAACUUUGCCAUGAAGGCCAAGAGGAAGACGCUCAAUGCGGGGGAUGUGAUGGCCGCCAUGGAGGAGAUGGAGUUUGAGCGCUUCCUGCAGCCUCUGAGAGAGGCCCUUGAGGCCUACAAGAAGGGGCUGAAGGGGAAGAAGGAGGCAUCCGAACAGAAACGCAAAGACAAGGAAAAGAAGACCGACGCAGAAGAGAAUGAUAAGAGCAGGGAGGAGGAAAACCUGGAGGAAGAGGAUGAGAACAUGGAGGAGGAUCAGGAAGGAGAGAAUGAGGGAGAGGAGGAAGUGGAGAACUAAGUAAACCUGUGGUAUGCUCCCCAGGGAAAUCCGAUAGACCACAAAUGUGUUUUUGCCGCUGAAAGAAAAACACAAUUGCACUUCUAGCUAAUCCUGAUUGUGGCAGACCCCUGUAAAGUACCCCUGUUGCUGAGAAUGAGGCUUUAUCGACCCGUCAAUGGGUGAAACUGUCCGGCUAAAUUUUGGCAGUAAUUUUUUAAAUAAGUUUUUCCCCUCUUCCAUUUUGAGUGACAAAUUGUCCUAUGGCCUCAUGUUACUGCCGUACUGCCUGCACCCGCAAGCAUGUCCGUACCACCAAUACACAUGAAAGCAAGGCAAUUACUGUUGUCCACACUGCGUGCUGUAUGGCAUGCAACAGAAUCUUGCUGAGUCCUGGACAAGUGGUAACCCAUGGGUACAAGGAGUUAGGGGUGCAGAUGCAGCAGUAACUGGAGGAAACCUGUCCAUCUUUAACUAAUUUGUACCAAGGCAUUACGAUGGUGCCUUGUCCAGCUACUGCAAACCCCUUGUCUUAGCCUGCUAAAAUCAUAACCCAAACUCAAACCUUUUAUUGAUUGGUUUAUAAUUGACAGCACAUGCUAGCUUCAUCCAUGAGAGAGUUUGUGAAGCCUGACUCUCCUAACACAAGUCUAAAAUUCUCAGUGUAAUCACAAGGACAAGUAAUUGCUGUGCCAUGAGUCCCACAGUUGACAUGGGUCCAGUUUAUCUACUAAAGCCUUUUUAAGGUAGUCUAUUAAGGUUGAGGUACACUAGCCAUUAGUUAUUGGGUGAUAGUGAUUGGUUGGAUUUCUAGUAAUUGUUCAACUAAACACGUUUGUAUUUCGAUCCACUGCGUGGUUAAUAGUGUCGAAUACCAGUCACAAAAUCAGUUUGAUGUGGCAAGACCUUUCAGUCAUAGUCUUUGGAAAAUACUAGAUUCUUAUAGAAAUUUUUUGAAUGCCAAUUGUAGACAAAAACCUCCAGUACUGCACAAUGAAAAUGCACCACUAGCUUUGUGAACUGAUGCCGCAAGUCACAACCAGAUGUUCUACCUCCAAUUUGGAACUCCUCAACGUCCUCAACACACAUAAAAUAUAGUGUCUCGAUGUGUAAAAAUACAAAUUAGUGCAGAUAUUGUUUGAUAUUUAGAAUGACAACCAUAACCAGCACAUCAUAAUUCUACAGGUAUCAUACUGUUUGGAAGUGAAGUCACUGUAUGGGACAACAGCAUUUCACACCACCUUUUACUCAAGUGUAAGAAAUAAAAAUUAAAACAGCCAGAUGCAUUGAAGCUCAUAAUGGCAUACUGCCAUAAAUAUUAAUACCCGUGUCUCAGACCCACCCUUAUUGAGCCCUUUGUAACAAGGUGAAUGCUGAGUUCAGUUACUUGGUAUAGCAUUCAGAAUGUUUUGUACUUAAUAUUUGACUACUUUUCUAAUAAACAUUUGUAUAUAGAA